AUGCUGCUAUCCGUCUCCCGCUCCGCCGACAAGUUCGCCCCCCUCGCCGGCCUCCGCUCGCUGCUCGUCCCCGACCCCGUCGCCGUGGGCGGAGGCGUCGUGACGCGGACGAUCCCCGCGUCGCCGCCGCCGCGCGGCGAGGCCGAUCCGGAGGAGAGCGUCGACGAGGAGGACGAGGGCUGCUGGGUCUCUUACGGCCGACGGGACCCAGGACGGCGCCGGCUGCCGCCGCCGAUCCCGUCGCUGGCGGGCCGUAGCGGUUUGCGCCGGGCGCGCACUGAGGACAGGAGGCUCGUCAUCAGCAAGGUGCGCGUCAUGCGGCCGGACUACUACGUCCGCGCGCGCCGCGUGCGCGGCGGCCGCCUCCUCAUGCGCCUCGUCGAGCGCGAGGACGACUGCCCCCGCGAUCCGCUUCGGGCGCCCGGCUGCGCCCGUGAGGGCGGCGCCGAUCGGGCCGACGAAGCUGCGGCGGUGCAGGGAGACGUAAUCGAUGACGAGCAGGCGGCUGCGGCUUCGGCGACGAUGCCCGCAUUUGGAUGCUUCGAGGACGUGGUUAAGUACCAGUACGCCAUCGGUAGCAGCCCGCUGCACCGGGUGCCCUUGCUAAGGAUGGUUCAUUGA